AUGAAGGUGAUCUUCAAAUUGCCUGCUAUAUCAGGUGAUGCUGAGGACACAGUUUGCAUGGAAGACCAAGAUGAUUCUGACCUUGAAGAACUUGCUGAAGUUCUUACAAGAGGCUACUCCCUGAGCUUAGGAGAUUGGGUAAAUAAAAAACUUGAUCUAGUUGAUGCGCUAGAGACAAUUGGAUUGAAUUCUGUCAUGGUUCAUAAUGCCAAGACUUUCGAAGCUUCAAGUUCGGCUUUUAAUAUGAAGGCAGAGAUUCCAUCUUCUUUGCAUUCAAUAAUUAUGGCAAAGCUGGACAGUAUCUUCCUAAUGGUUAAAGAAAAUAACCUUAGGAUCUUUGAUCAAUUGCAUAAGAUAGAAGAGAAGCUCGUAAUAGAUUGGGAAGAUGAAGUUACCAUAAGUUUCCCUAUUUGUGUCAAUGUUAUGAAUCACCAGAGAACACCUGUCCACAUGGGGAGUUCAGCAACGAUUGUAGCUGACAAUGUGGACUCAACUGAAGACGAAAACAUGGAUGAUACACAGGUUGAAGAUAGUCAACCAACACAGGAGAUUCCCCAGGGUGCCACACAGGAGCUUCUCAAUAUAGAGAUGAUUGAAUCUGAGGGAGAGCAAAAACAAGCCGGAAAAAGUCAACCAACAAUACCUGAAGGGACACCAACACAAGAGACCCCCACAACACAAGAAAUACCUGAAGCUGAGGGAGACCCAGGACAGAGUGAAAAAGAGUUGGCAGAUUCAAAUUCGGAGGAACGGGAUACUCAGCUGAUACAGUCCCUUACUACCACAGAGCCAAUCAAUGACGAAUAUGUUACUCACAAGGUACAAACCCCGCUUGUGAUAUCGACAUCCAUGGAGACGCUUGAAGGCACUGAACCCGCGGAGAUGGACAAUGAUGAUGGGAGCCAAGAAAAAGAUGAAACUACUGUACAAACCCCGCCCGUGGUUACAUCCACGGAGAUGGUUGCAGACGCGGGACAAACAGAAGUUGACAAUGAUGAUGGGAGCCAAGAAAUGGACGAAACUACAGUACAAACCCCGCCUGUGAUAUCGACAUUCAUGGAGACGGUUGGAGGCACUGAACCCACGGAAGUUGACAAUGAUGAUGGGAGUCAAGAAAAGGACGAAACUACAGUACAAACCCCGCCCGUGGUUACAUCCACGGAGACGGUUGCAGGCGCGGGACAAACAGAAGUUGACAAUGAUGAUGGGAGCCAAGAAAAUGAUGAAGCUACAGUACAAACCCCACCCGUGGUUACAUCCACAGAGAUGAUUGCAGGUGCGGGACAAACAGAAGUUGACAAUGAUGAUGGGAGCCAAGAAAAGGAUGAAGCUACAGUAAGAAAAAUCAGUAUUGUUUUGCAUUUUGAUAUUUUAGUAAGGUCUUCCUGA